AUGGAAGCCGAUCAACCAAAUAUUGGCAUUCCUCCUGAGCAUGAGGCUUCAUUUAAAACAUUCACUCAAUCUUGUCAAGAAAGGGGUCUUUUGACUCGGCCCGAUAGUCUCGAAAGCCGGGACCUGUGCGACGGGUUAUCGGACCCGCCUACCCUUUUACGAUUUCUAGUCGCCCGUCGGUUUGACCCAGAUGGUGCUCUCAAGCAGUUUCAGCAGGCAUGUGAAUUCCGCGAAGAGAAGCAUAUCCUGAGGCUGUAUGAUUUAGUCAACAUUGCCGAUUUUGAGCAAGCUCGUGAAAUUUACCCCCACUGGACUGGGAGGAGAGACAAGAAAGGGUUACCCAUUUGCAUGCUCGACGUGGCUCGCCUCGACAAAGAUGCCCUUGCAAGCUGGGAAACAACACGCCAAAACAGUCGCUGGAUAUAUUCCCAAUCAGGAAAACCCGAACCGCCAACCCCGGACAUGUUGCAAUUAGCCUCUGUGUACCAUGACAAUCUCAUUCGGUUCAUCCUUCCGCUUUGCUCGAUGAUGACGGACAGGCCGAAACCUUCGAUCCCAGUCACCAAUUCGAUUUACAUUGUGGAUGCAUCGAAUUUGGGCUUAAAGCAAGCAUGGGGUUUGCGAUUCUUUGCCCAAGAGAUCAGUUGGCUGUUAUCAACAUGUUACCCAGAGACUAUUCAACGUGUCUUUGUAUGCAAUGCGCCCUCAUAUUACAGAACUGUCUGGAAGUACCUCAAGGGUUGGGUCGAUCCUUAUACUGCAGAAAAGAUCGUCGUACUCUUGGAAGCGGAGGUUCUUCCUGCUCUCAGAGAAUACAUCGACGAUGUCAAUAUCCCAACCAAGUUUGGCGGUAAAUUUCAAUUUACCCAUGGAAUGCUGCCUGAUCUCGACAAUAAUAUCCAGCGGCUUUUGAACUCUGAUUCAUCGACAUCUCUGCCUCCUGGUCCCUUGAAAUGGAUCCAAGACUCGGAUGGUAGACGAACUGCAUUGGCAGUUGGUAGGAAGGCCGGCUCUGAGAGAAGUGGUACGAUUGCAACAGUUGAUCUAAUCGGCCAAUAA